UAUUCUAAAAUUAAUAUUGCUCAGCUUUACAUGUCAGAAUAUGGUAGUUGACUUUGUGCAGUUGGUAAUGUUCAACCCUGCCGCAACUCCAACCCGCUACUCAAACCCGACUCUAACCCGACUCUGACCCGAUUUGGACCCUCGAUGGAAACGUAGUCGAUGGAAACGUAGUCAAUGUGGAUGCUCAUUUCAUGGGGGAAUAAAAUACCACUUCUUUGACAAAAAAUCACUAGAUAGCUGUUGGUAGUAUUGCGUACACAUACGUUAGCCUAUUUUAAAUUUAAGUACGCGGCGUUCUUUUGCCAUCGUGUUUUGAAUACAACAAAUUAAAUGAUUGAAAAGUGUAAUAUUUUACAAUAUUUUCACUAGUGAAAUAUUUGUGAUACAUAUGUGUACGUAGAUGGAAAUUAUUUAACCAUCAAAUUUAUGCUAAUUACGAUAAAGUUAAACUGAAAUUAUAUUUAAAAUGUUCAGGCGGGAGAAUGUGAUUACUUAUUAUUUUUCGUGAUAUUCUAUUUUUUAAGGAGUUAUUGACUAAUAUUUAGUUCAUGAUCAUAAUUUGCACAAAAUAUAUAAUGAACAUUAUAAAACAGGACACAUUUUUGUACGAAAUACUGAUAUCUUUGUAACCUUAAACUACUAUUAUUUUCCAUAUAUUUGUGAAUUCUACGAAAAAUAUAUAACACAUUGAUUAUUAGAAUGGCUAAAGAAAAUGGGAGUGGUAAAGAUUCUUCUAAAGAAGGUGAAGCUUCAGGCGAUGCAGAAAUUGAAGAUUUUAUGCAGCGAUCCCAAACAAUGGUCACAGAUGAAGAAGGUGGAAUUAGAGUAGACGAUGAAAUAUAUAUACCACCACCUCUUAAAACUAUUAGCGAAGUUGAUACUAGUGGCCCUAGACUGAUGAUCACUAAAAUUGUAAAUGAAAAUUUCAAAAGUUAUGGUGGUGUACAGGUUAUUGGUCCAUUUCAUAAGAGUUUUUCAGCUAUUGUUGGACCAAAUGGUAGUGGGAAAAGUAAUGUUAUAGAUGCAAUGUUGUUUGUAUUUGGAUAUAGAGCUACUAAGAUUCGGUCAAAGAAAAUAUCAGUUUUAAUACACAAUUCAAGUCAACUACAAAAUGUUAAUAGCUGUACAGUAUCUGUACAUUUUCAGCAAAUAAUUGAUAAUCCCCAGUCAGAUUAUGAUGUUGUUCCGAACAGUGAGUUUGUUAUAUCUAGAACAGCAUUUAAAGAUAAUUCUUCGUAUUAUGAACUUAAUAAGAAAAAAGUACAAUUCAAAGAAAUUGGAAAGCUUCUAAGAUCAUAUGGCGUAGAUCUAGAUCACAAUCGUUUUUUAAUACUACAGGGAGAAGUUGAACAAAUAGCAAUGAUGAAACCUAAGGCACAAAAUGAGAAUGACACUGGUAUGCUUGAAUACUUAGAGGAUAUUAUUGGGACAUUUCGUUACAAAGAACCAUUAGAAAAGCUAUCACAAAAUGUAGAACUCUUAACAGAAUAUAGAAUGGAGAAAUUAAAUCGCCUUAGAAUUGUUGAAAAAGAAAAAGCUGCAUUGGAAGAACCUAUGCAAGAAGCUGUGGAAUAUUUACAACUGGAGAACACAGUUACAAAAUUACAACACCAAGAGUAUUGUUACAAAAGAUUUGAAACUAUAAACGAAGUUACGCAACAAGAAAAUACAAUGAAUAACUUGAAUGAAGGAUUAUCUAAUCUUAUGACUAAAAUGAACGAAAUUGCUAACGAAAAAGAAGCAAAGAUGAAAGUAAUUAACGAAAAAAAUAAAAAGUGGGACCAUUUACAAAAGCAGAAGGACGAGGUUGUGGCAAAAUUUGACAAAAUAAGAAAGCACGACGAAUCACUUCAUGCAGAAUUGAUAGAAACAAAUAAAAGGCGUAAAGCUAAUAUAGCAAGUUUAAAGACUGAGAAAUCUAAACUGGAAGAAUUGCGUAAAGUACCAGAAAAAAGCGCUAAAGAUAUUGAGGAAUGUAAUGAACUUAUAGAGAAGCAAGAAAAAAGUAAAAAGAAGGAAGAAGCUAUAUUAGAAACGUUGAUGACUGAAAUACGUAAGAAAACUGAACCAUUACUAAACGAACGUUCCCAAUUUGAAAAGCAAUUGAUUGACCUAAGAAAAGAUGUCGAUCAAGCACAAGCAGCUGUUAACAUUGCUCAAUCUGAAUUAGAGUUGUAUACUUCUGUGGAAUCCACUGAAAAAGAAAAAUUAGAAAAAUUAAAGAAUUCUUUAAAUGCGACAACAGAGAAUUUAGAGGAACGAAAACAGCAGUUGCAGUGUUUAGAGAAUGACAUUCCGUCUACUCAACGUGAAUUGGGACAAGCACAAAAAGAACUAGAAACAGUGAAAGCUCGUGAAAUUGAAAUAACUUCUAAACUAAAAUCAAUGAGGCUUUCAUUUGAGGAACAGAAGUCUGCUAUGCAAGCAAAUACAUCAAGAAAUAGGAUCAUAAGUAGCUUAAUGCGGGAAAAAAGGGAAGGCAGAUUGCCUGGUGUAUUUGGAAGAUUGGGUGAUCUUGGAGCUAUUGACGCAAAAUAUGAUGUUGCAAUUUCAACAGCUUGUGGUCCUUUGGAUAAUAUUGUAGUUGAUACUGUGGCGACCGCGCAAAAAUGUAUAACAUUUCUUCGGCAGAAUGAUAUAGGACGAGCAACGUUUAUACCGUUGGAAAAACAACAACAUUUAUUAUCGAGGUGUAAGCAAAAGAUACAAACUCCCGAAAAUGCUUCGAGACUCUUUGAUCUUAUUCGCGUUGACGACGAGAGAAUAUUACCAGCAUUUUAUUAUGGUCUGCAAGAUACGUUGGUAGUAAAUGAUUUAGAUCAAGCAACGCGUAUCGCUUAUGGUCAAAGACGUUUUAGGGUAGUUACGUUAAAGGGCGAGUUAAUUGAAUUAUCUGGUACAAUGAGUGGAGGCGGAAGAACAGCGUUAAGAGGCAGAAUGGGACAGAAAUUAGUUAAAAACGAUCUGUCCGCGGCUGAUUUUGAAAAGUUGCAAUCACAUUUAAAUAAAACAAACGAAGAGUGCAAUCAACUUAGAGCUAGAUCUCAGUUCUUAGAAAAUCAAAUUCAUACGCUGACUGUAAAUUUAAAGAAUAUGAAGGUUAAUCAAGAAAAAUUGCAGAUCGAAGUGAAUACGCUUGAAGAACAAAAGCCGUCGUUAUUGACGCAACUUAAAAUUCAAGAAAAGAAAGCUAAAGAUUCGGUAUCGGAUCCAAAGAAGGUUGAACAGUUGAAAAAAGCAUUGGACGCUGCUAAGAAAACUUUUGAAAAAGUCAAGGAAAACUCGACUGGUGUUGAGAAACAAGUGAAGUCUAUCAAUGAUAAAAUAGAAAGUUUAUCAGGGGCUAAAGUAAAGACUCAGCAGAAGCAAAUAACUAGUAUAACUAAAUCGAUCGAUUCAACUAAAGCUGAAAUUUGUAGAUUACAAGUUGCAAUUAAAACAGCUGAAAGGAACGUGAAAAAGAUUGAGCAACGCAUAGAGAGUUUAGAAAACGAUGUGGUUACCUGCGUAGAAAGACUUCGUGAAAUUGAAAAAGAGAAACACGAAUUGGAGGAAAAAGGGAAAGAGUAUUUGAAAGAACUCGAUGAACUUACAGAAGCGUUAUCUGAAAGAGACGAAGCUACAAAAUCGCUAAAAGAAGAAUUGAAUGCUUUGCAAACCACGGAAAAUAAAUUAAAAGCAGUUAAAAUAGACCUCGAUCAAAAAAUGAAAGAAUGCAAAAGCGUGAUAAAAGAGUUAAAACACAGAAUUCCAGAAUUAACAAAAAGGAUCGCUCAGCUACAGCUUCAAGCAAUACCCGGCGAAAAUCCGGAAGAAUUGAAAGAAUUAACGGAAGAGGAACUCAGUAAAAUAGAUGAAAAGGUUCUUUCAAAUAAUUUGCAGAAAGCUAAGAAAAGGUUACCCACAGAAAUUCCAAACAUGCAACUUAUUAACGAGUACAGAGAAAAGGAUGCAUUGUAUUUGAAGCGUGCAGCAGAUUUAGAACAAAUAACAACUAAGCGUAACAGAAUAAGAGAUAUUUAUGAAACAGUCAGACGCAGGAGAAUCGAAGAGUUUCUUGCAGGUUUUACUGUAAUCACAGAUAAACUAAAGGAAAUGUAUCAAAUGAUUACAUUGGGAGGUGAUGCAGAGUUGGAAUUGGUUGAUUCUUUAGAUCCAUUUAGUGAAGGAAUCGCAUUCAGUGUAAGACCGCCUAAAAAAUCUUGGAAAAAUAUUUGCAAUCUUAGCGGUGGAGAAAAAACCUUGAGUUCUUUAGCUCUUGUGUUCGCAUUACAUCAUUACAAACCAACACCUCUGUAUUUUAUGGACGAAAUAGAUGCUGCAUUGGACUUCAAGAAUGUUUCGAUCGUUGGAAACUAUAUUAAAGAAAGAACGAAAAAUGCACAAUUUAUAGUUAUAUCUUUAAGAUCAAAUAUGUUUGAACUUGCCGACUAUCUUGUUGGUAUAUAUAAAACAUACAAUUGUACAAAGAGUUGUACAGUCGAUCUGAAGAAAUAUUAUGAUAAAAAUGGAAUCGCUCCUCCAACACAAAUCACUUCCAAGAGUAUGUAUUCGUCACAGGUACAGAAAUUUAGUCAGCAUCAUAAGGAUAAUGCAACACGGAACGCGAAUAAUGUACAAGUCGCGGACGAAAAUCGAGAAAUGAAUGGAAAUGACCCGCUUCAAUUACCUGAGUUAGGAUUAUGUCCAACGCCCAAAAAAGUGGUGCAUAAUGAUCCUAAGAGAGAUAGUACAAGUUCAAAAAGCGAUAACGAUAUUUCUAAACAACCUUUGAGAAAAAAACGUAGAACAUAAGGUAUAAUAUAAAUGUAUAUGUAUGUACAUUAAUAUUCUCAUGGAAAUCUUCUUAUCAACCGUUUCAAGGUUUGCAAUGUUAGGAAAGACUUUUUUUAAAUGCUUUACAUAAAUGUUUAAUACAGCGUAAUGACAAUACCUUCUUUAACAAAAAGUAAAUGUAAAUUAGUUGCUUUAAAUUGUGACAUAGGAAAAGUUUACAGAUAAACUAAGCAAGAUAUAAUUGAAAUAAACAAUAAUAGUAUCUACGUGAAUAAAUAAUGAUAGUUUCUAAGUUUCUAUAUUUUAUUUUAUUUCCGUUUGCUGUAUUAUAUACUGUUUAUAAUUUGGAAAUUUCUAAUUUUGUAUUGAAGCUUAAUUAGUAAAAAUUCUAUAUAAAUUUUUCAUGAAUAUUUUUAAUACGAAAGGAUUAUUUUACUGUACAUUGUACAUAGUAGUCAAUGAGAACUCUAACAACUAACCAUUUCGUUAUAAAAUAUUUCUGAAAAGUUUGUUGUUAUUUUUAGAAAACUUUAAGCUUCAAAUUGGUAUACGCAGCUCAACUAACAAAUUCAUCUGGCCUAAGGCCUGUGCUUUCGCCAUCUUUUUCAGCGACCAGUAACCGGUAAUAUUACCUUGGGGAAUGAUAUGCCGAUAAUAGGCAUUCAGAUCUUCAUUCACCCCUCUUGAUGGAAUCCGAAUGUUUUCCGGUUCGUUGCUAACUAAUAGCGGUUCUGCCGGCGCACGCAAAUUCAACCACGCCAUCGACGAGUUAGGAAGAUAUUUCUGAAUUCUAUGGAGAAAUACAUUUACCUCAUAGAUGUCUCUUCGCAGAGGUUCCGUAUGCUCGAAGUUUUCCGGCAUAAUUUCAUAGGAAUUUUGAAGGAUGUGAUUUACGUCGAAUAUGGCCCCAGUAGAAUUUGCUUCACUAAAACUACGCCUGUUGUUUAUUGGCGCUGGUUAGCCAGUGCGACGACAGUUCUUCGGAAGUUCGACAGAAGUGUCUCUGGUCUCAGGAUACAACGUCUAUCACGCGAUACUUAUGUUGGUGUGGACAUUUGGAAUGUAUAUCCAUCACUAGUUACACUCAUAGCGUUUAUUAUACGCUUAAUCGGCUCAGACAUGAGUGUAACCGUACGUACUAAAUUGGUAAGAUGCAUGUCUUCAUUGUAAUGAUAUGUUUCUUCCGAGUUUUGGAGGACUAAAGUAUAUGUUCUUCGGGCCAGCAAAAGCUUGACCUCCAACGGAGCCAGAGAAACACGAUAGACACUAUAAAUAUUGGGCAUAUCCACAUGUUUUAUACUAAGUACUGAAAAAUAUGUUAAAACUAUUCCAAAACCAAUGCCCCUUGUUGCGAUAGGUAAAGUAACUGCAACAGGCAUUUGCCCAUCUUCGAUACGGUCCAAUACGGCGUCCAUCGUUGGCAGGCCAGCGGCUAAUUGUUUUCUAACCGCAUCCCGAAUCUUCGUUUGCAUAUCUUGUUCUUAUCGUCGCUUAAAAUCAUCAUUACGACACGGCUGCCCACACGAUUUACUCGACCAGUUGGAUUAUGGGUGGUGUCUUUCGGAACGUAAGUUCCUCAAAGCCCGCACGUGCAUUGUACGGCCGUUCACUCCCUGCUGCGUUCAUGCUCGGUAUGCGAAAGAGUAUAAACUCUGGGUCUGGAUCCCUGAAAAUUCGCAAUAC